AUGUCACAACUCAUCAAAUGUCUGACCGAUGGUCGCAAUCACAUCCCAUGCUGUGAGCGCCAGAAUAUUCCGCGCAUAUGUCACGACUCGUGUGCCGGAAGGUAUACAUUGACGACAGCUCUUCAGCACAUUAUUUGCUUGGAUUACGCGAUACCCACUCUCUCUUGCAUUGCGGAUGGCAUUCAGACACUACCGCCCCCGCCCAGGGAUGUCACGGCCGAACCUAUCAGUACAUCACAAAUAAAUGUGAAGUGGGAGAGGAGUACAGAAAAGAUGCAGUCAUUGAUAGAGAGUUACGAACUGAAUGUUACAGAAUUGCAUUCAUUUGAUCCAAACGAUUGGACCCUUAAAAAGAAAUCCGAAAUUUCCAAACAUUUGAAGCAAAGGGAAGGCAUAAACCCUUACACAAAAACAUUCAAAAUCGAUGGCAACAGAACUGAGUUUACAAUAAAUGAGUUGAAAGAGUCAACGAUGUAUGAGAUGGCCAUCAAGUCUAUCAAUAAAUACGGCACAAGUAUUGUAACCAACGAUAUAAGAGUUGUCACCCAUUCUCAGGCUAUCCAUAGUAUCGAAAAGGACACCAAAAAACCCAUUUCUUCCCUCAAGUUCAACAAAACCUCUUCUUUGGCUCCAAAUCUACGCAAAUGUUGUGCAGAUAAUGGCAUGAAAUCCGAGUUUUGUUUAAACACUUUGUGUGAUCUGACGAAACUGGAAGAGGCGAGUGUCGCAGACAUCAGCUUUUGUGCCCAAUUCUCAAACAUCACUUUCAAAUGCUUAGUACCUGAUUAUGACAUUAGCGGAAAAGUAUUGAAAACCGAUUUCCGUUACUUUGUUUGUCUUCAUUACAUUCCCGCAUAUUCUUCGUGUGUAUUGGAAUCCAAAGGUCUUCUGCCGACUGAACCCCGAUCUGUAGUCAUAUCGAGUAGACAUCAGGACUGGGCUCUCGUCAAAUGGUCGCCACCCAUCAAACUAUCCGAAUCCGUCACCAAAUAUCACAUCCAUAUCAGAGAAUUAGAUCCAGAGAUCGAUGAGGGAUAUGCUGUCGAGACGGCCACUCGCUCUCCAGAAUUAGAUCCAGAGAUCGAUGAGGGAUAUGCUGUCGAGACGGCCACUCGCUCUCCGUAUUUAAUCGAUGGACUUAAACCGGGUCUCAAAUAUGAAGUAUUUAUAACAGCACUUAAUAGACACGGAAUGAGUCGGAGUUCCUCGAGAGUUACAUUCAAGACAAAAGACCCGGAAUCUAAUACCGACAUAGAGUUACAGCAAUCAGAUGCUAGUAAUGGCUAUAACGAGACGGCUUGUUGUCAGAGGGCUGUUAUUCCGGACAUAUGUUUGCCGUUAUGUAGUUAUCACAUGAAUAUUACGGACGGCUUACAAUUGGGAGCCCUAUGUGCCGACCAAAGGACUAUUAGGACAAUGAUUAGGUGUCUGUCCGGUGGCAGAGAUCACAGGCCUUGUUGCGAGAGGAGAGGUGUAGAAAACGACUGUUUGGAUGUCUGUAUGGGAGUAAUCAAGGAAUCGCCGUUCAUUGUGGGCGCCAAGUGCUCCAAAUAUAGCGGCAAAAUAUUGCAGUGUAUGGUCGAGGGCGCAGACACUCUGCCCGUGAACGUCACCUUAAGUAGGAAAGAUGACAUCCGGUCGGGACAACAGCACAUCACUUAUCAGUUAAGGUAUUCAGCCAUUGAUUCAGAGAUACCUCCGCAUCCAUACGACGACGUCUACUCCAUUCGCCUCAACAUAAGUGACACAAAAACGGUUUUAUCUGGUCUUAAGCCGAGCACCCGAUACAGCAUUUAUGUGGUUUCAGUCAAUCCAUACGGAUAUUCAAUGCCUUCGUUUUUGCUCUUAAUUAACACGAAAUCAGAGGACGAGAAAGAGACACAAGAAGUGAUUCGUUCACAAUUAGGUCCUCCGCAUAGCAUUCAGAUUAUACAACAGACAACGGACUCGCUGUCAUUCAAAUGGUUGCCCCCUUUCUAUAUACCCCCAGACAUCACACUUAUAUACGAGGUUUAUUAUAAGAAAGUGUCAAAUAUAUCGAGUGAACCGCAAAAAGAGUGGAAUAUAAGCGACACUUAUGUCAAUCUAAUUGACAUAACUGGCCUCACUUACAACACUCAAUACGCACUGGCACCUUUGCCACAACCGGACCUGACUCCGCGGCUCCCUCUCUACAAUUGGAUCCGGUGCGAUGCCAUUGGGAAUCCGAUUCCCACUAUAAGUAUGUUUAUUAACGGAAUAUUGGCUAAAACGGAAGAAACGCGACAUUUAGUCCACAAAUUAGAUUAUAUUCAGAGAAAUCUGACGUCCAUUUCAUGUCAGGCAACAAAUGCAGAAACAGUUAAUAAUCAGUCAGUAUUUCCGGCACAAAGUCAUGUCGAAGUGAGGGUCAGAUUCGCGCCUACAAUAAAAAUCGACAAUAAGUUAAAUAUCGCUUCCAAAUAUGGCUCAAUUCAAUUGAAAUGCGAAUAUUCUGGUAAUCCUGAGCCAAAAGUGCAGUUCUUUAGAGACCUCAGGAAUAAAGCUGAGCUCAAGAGUGGAGUGAAUACACAAAUCAAUUUAAUUCCUCACUCAACGAAUGAAUACGGCAGAGAAACUGCUGUUUUAAAUCUCAAAGUAGAGGAACACAAAGCUAGUGAUCGUAACACAAGUGCCUGUUGUCAAUCGGAAGGGGUGUCUGAAAACUGUUUGUCAAUUUGCAAUGUGGAAAUCGAUUUCAAUGUGGUGUUCAAUAAACCCCAAUGUUUUAGUGAACUCAACAAAUUCAUGUUCUGUGCGGCCGAUGGUAGCGAUCAUAGAGAGUGUUGUAUUCGGAGGGAUGUGUCGCGCGAUUGUCUCCACUGGUGCGCCGGAUAUAAAGUAAGCCAACCGUCGCUGUGUUUGUUGUCAUCGGUCCGGGAUAUCGUGAGUUGUUUCAAAGAAGGCAAUUCACUGCUGCCAUCGAUGCCAACAAAUAUCCAAUUGCGCGAACUGUUCACCGAUAACCGGCUGAUCAUAAGUUGGGAGAAACCCGAUAAAAACGGUGACGCCGUCCAGUGGUAUAACGUUUACUGGAAAAGAGUGGGCUCUAAAGACCUGGACUCCGAUCGAACCGAUCAUCUCUACUAUGAGUUGCGAAACUUAGACCCAACCGAAACUUACGAGUUUCUGGUCAAGUCGUCUAACUAUUAUGGCACGAGUGCUUUGGCUGAUCCACUGGUCAUUAAUAUCCAAGAGAUUCAGACACACAACGAUUCAUACCUGGUUAGUUACGAGUUCUAUAAAUACCGUUGA